GUGCCGUUUACCCCAAACAUGGCGGGUGUCUCGGGCUGAGCGAGGGAGACAGAGUGGAGGCGGUUUCCAUCUCAAGAAAGUUUCACCUCCAGCCCUUCCGCUCACCCCUGCCUCUACGAGGUGUGGGAAGAGAAAUAUGAGUGAAGAGAAGCCGAUGGGAACGGAGUCGGUCCGAAAUAGUGCCCCAUAAGGGACCUCAGAGGGUUCUCAAUCACCCUUCCCCUCUGGGCUUCGAACUUUCACCCCAAUUCUGUGACUGACCCCAUUGCCUGUGGCCCCUUUUGCCGUGCCCCCUCUCCCUGUACCCCAUUUAUUAUCUCACCUUCACCCCAAGUUUGUGAUUUCUAUCUGCACUUCAUCCUAUAACACCCAAUGUAAGCUCGCUCUGUCGCCUCAAACCCCUGCUACCGGCACCGCUACCUGAACUUACUCGCCACGACCAGUCCCAAUCUUGUUCCUAUGCCGAGAGGAAUCCUACACCUCUCUGUUCCCUAGCCUUCCCGUGUCCUAUUUUCAGUUUUAAAUGAGUUUUUUAAAUUGCUUGGACCUGGAGUCGGUUAAUUUAUGGGGCAACAACCAGGCAAAGUUCUCGCGGACCAAAGGAGGCCAACUUUAACGGCGCUGCAGUUUAUCAAAGGAGGGAGGAGAGAAGCAACCAAACAUGGAGCUCAACAUUUCAAUGUUUUUGUGGAGCACGAAGCCCUACACCGUCCAGAGUUUGAGUCCCAGGGUCUGAAUGAAGCUGCUCGGUGGAAUUCCAAAGAGAACUUGCUUGCCUGCCCCAGUGAAAAUGAUCCCAAUCUUUUUGUUGCACUGUAUGAUUUCGUUGCCAGUGGUGAUAACACACUCAGCAUAACAAAAGGUGAAAAGCUUCGUGUUCUGGGCUACAACCACAAUGGAGAAUGGUGUGAGGCUCAGACUAAAAAUGGUCAAGGUUGGGUUCCAAGCAACUACAUAACACCGGUGAACAGUUUAGAGAAACACUCCUGGUACCAUGGGCCUGUCUCGCGCAAUGCUGCAGAGUAUCUCCUCAGCAGUGGCAUUAACGGAAGUUUUCUGGUGCGGGAGAGUGAAAGCAGCCCCGGACAAAGAUCCAUAUCACUUCGUUAUGAAGGAAGGGUAUACCACUACAGGAUAAACACUGCAUCUGAUGGAAAGUUGUAUGUAUCUUCUGAGAGUCGUUUCAACACGUUGGCAGAGCUCGUUCACCACCACUCAACGGUGGCCGAUGGACUGAUCACCACCCUACACUAUCCAGCUCCAAAACGCAACAAGCCUACGAUUUAUGGAGUCUCGCCAAAUUAUGACAAAUGGGAGAUUGAACGAACAGACAUUACAAUGAAACACAAAUUAGGUGGUGGACAAUAUGGGGAAGUGUAUGAGGGAGUCUGGAAGAAAUACAAUCUCACUGUGGCAGUGAAGACACUAAAGGAAGAUACUAUGGAAGUGGAAGAGUUCUUGAAAGAGGCUGCAGUUAUGAAAGAAAUUAAACAUCCCACCCUCGUACAGCUGCUGGGUGUAUGUACUCGGGAGCCUCCAUUUUACAUCAUCACGGAAUUCAUGACUCAUGGAAACCUCCUUGAUUACCUCCGUGAUUGUAACAAAGAGGAGGUGAAUGCAGUUGUGCUGCUAUAUAUGGCAACUCAGAUAUCCUCUGCAAUGGAGUAUUUAGAGAAGAAAAAUUUCAUUCACAGGGAUCUUGCCGCUAGGAACUGUCUUGUAGGGGAGAACCACUUGGUUAAAGUGGCGGAUUUUGGGCUAAGCAGAUUGAUGACGGGAGACACAUACACAGCACAUGCUGGAGCUAAGUUUCCCAUUAAAUGGACUGCGCCAGAGAGCCUGGCCUACAACAAAUUUUCAAUCAAAUCUGAUGUGUGGGCUUUUGGUGUUCUUCUGUGGGAGAUUGCAACUUAUGGCAUGUCCCCAUACCCUGGAAUUGACCUUUCACAGGUCUAUGACCUAUUGGAAAAGGAUUACAGGAUGGAGCGGCCUGAGGGCUGUCCAGAGAAGGUUUAUGAAUUGAUGCGCGCAUGUUGGAAGUGGAACCCUGGAGAUCGACCAUCAUUUGCAGAUGUCCAUCGAGCAUUCGAUACCAUGUUUCAGGAGUCCAGCAUUUCAGAAGAGGUUGAAAAGGAGCUCGGGAAGAAAGGAAGGAAAUGCUGCGGCAGUAGUAAGCCACAAGCUCCAGAAUUGCCGACAAAAACGCGCACCCUUCGCAGAACCACCGAGAACAAAGAACCAAGCGAGAUCCAGGAGACGACCCAUUCGAUAUUUAAAGCCACAAGUGAAUUUGAUUCUGCGGACCAUGAAAUGGCCAUUUCUCCAAUGCUGCCACGGAGAGACAAAGACACAGAUGGCACCUUGGACGAUGAUCGUUUACAGUCUUCCACCAAAGAGAAAGGCAAAUCCAGUUCCAUCUUCAGCUCUUUCAUUAAGAAGAAGAAAAAGACUGCACCCACACCACCAAAGCGCAGUAGCUCGUUCCGCGAUAUGGACGGGCAGGUGGACAAGAAGGAAGCGGCAGAGGACAUCAGCAUAGUUGCUAAAGAUACUAACAAUGGAACUUGUGUGAACAGCAUGAUGCCUCCCGACACAAUAGACCCUGGUAAAUUUCAGCACUCGCUUAGCACUGGGCCACAAAGUACAAACAAUGUAGCUGGAGGGGUUGCCAAUGGCAGUUUCUUGGGAACAACGGGGUUCUUUCUGCAUUCGAGGAAGUCCAGUACAUUAGCUGCAGGCAAACCAGUUGGGAAUGAAGAGGAACUGCUCUCAAAUUCAAAGCGCUUCUUGAGAUCUUGCUCUGCAUCAUCGAUGCCCCCUGGAAACAAGGACAUGGAGAGGAAAGCAUUGACACUCCCUCGUGACCUCCAGUCUGCAGGGAAACUGUCCGAUCCAGCCGGGAUCUUAAGUGGCGACAGGAAUGAAAAGCCAGCCUUGCCUCGAAAGAGGACAAAUGAAACUAAAGUGGACAUUGCUCCUCGGAUAAACCAAACUGCACCAUCUCGACUACCGAAAAAGACUGACGAGUUAAAUGAUGAUGUUUUUAAUAAUCUGGAGUCCAGUCCAAGCUCAAGCCCACCGUCAUCCACUCCAAAGAUCGUCCGAAGGCAACCCACAGUCAUUACAUCAAUCAGUCUCGUCCCUAAGGACAAGGAUGACGGUGGGAAGACUUGUGCCUUAACUUCUGCUUCCCAACAGGACCAUAUCUCCUCUAGUGUUGCUGCUUGCACAUCCAAACACAGCUCCACGUCAAUCCUGGGCGGGGUGAAGCUGCUGAACGAAGAUUCCAAGGUACGAAGGUUCAGGCAGCCUCCCGACCAGCUCCUGUCGGCCCCCGUAAGAGACCGGGGUAAAUUGCAGAAAUCCAAGCCAGCUCCUCCUCCGCCACCAGGUGUGAAAUCUGUUCGACCAUCUCGAAGCCCGACCCACGAGACAACGGGCGAGACUUCUGUGAGCAUCAAGCUCAAGCAGUCCACCCAGGGUGCAGACGCUGUGAACAGUGAUGCUUCGAAGCCCAGUCACCCUGGGGACGUGGCGAAAAGACCUGCCCUCCAUUCGGUAGCAAAGUCACAAUCAUCCACGAAGGCAUCGACCCCCAACUCAACCGCAUCCUCACUCUCUGCACAGUCUCCCCUAGCAAGCCCCAGUGGUGACCAGCAGUCCUCAGCAACCACAGCCUUCAUCCCACUCAUCUCCACCAGAGUGUCCUUACGCAAGACACGACAGCAGCCGGAGAGGAUCACCAGUGCCAACAUUACCAAGGACACCGUUUUACAGAGCACCGAGGCGUUGCGGGUCGCCAUUGGAAAGAACUCUGAGCAGAUGGCCAGCCACAGUGCGGUGCUGGAGGCGGGCAAGAAUCUAUACACCUUCUGCGUCAGUUACGUUGACUCCAUCCAGCAAAUGCGCAAUAAGUUUGCCUUUCGGGAGGCCAUCAACAAGCUGGAGUGCAACUUACGGCAGUUACAGAUCUGCUCAGCCAGUCAGGACUUCACAAAACUGCUCUCAUCUGUGAAAGAAAUCAGUGACAUUGUCCAGAGGUAGCAAAGGCUCAGGGGGUGCGGGUGCCAGGGGAAAAAAGUAUAUUGUCAAAAAGCUGCUCCCAGACUCCAAAACAGUGUGAUGGAAUCAGGGGAAAGACUUGAAUUUGGCUGACUGCCAGGAGUGUACGUGGAAGCAUGGCUUUCAUUGCUUGGUAGCCCUGUUAAUUCCCCAUGUUUGCUUCAGUUUCCUCUUGUCAGAGUUUUGUUAUUGCAUUGUAUUUUAUAACGCAGAAACAGGAGUCAGCCCACCGGAUCUGUGCCAGUGUUUACACUGCACACAAGCCCUUUCUGCAUCUUGGCCAUUUACAUUUACAUCUAUUCAUUCCUCACUCGUGCUUAUUCACAUCAGUUAGGUCUGAAGGAAUUGCUGAUUCCUUGAUGCAGAGUGUAAACUCUGAGAAGCCACUGUGGUCAUUUGCCUGUUAUGAUUUGAGGUUUGUGAACUGUUAAUUAAGCCCCCUGUCUUUGGUGUGAUGCAGUUCCCGCACUGAAUCAACUGCAUUAAUUUCACCUUGAAGCACAAGUUCCACUUGGGAGCAGCUGUGAUCUUUAGGAUGACGUGCCAGCACUGCUCCCUCUUCCUUAAAAAACUAGUUUUUCACUUGUUCAAGGCCUUUCAUAAUUAUUAUUGGAAAAUGUAUUCCUCAUGAUCAAAUUAGUCAUUAGAAACAUUGGCAUGCUUAUGCACCUCGCAUCUUCUGCCAUUCACCACCCGCUGUCUGGAAUAUGUCUGACUUCAUUCUCAUUCCAUUACCCACUCCCUCCCUUGACUCUGUCCCAAUUAAACAUUUCCUUACAGCGUUCCAAAUAGAUCAUUGUGGAUCUGCCUUUCUUAUCCUGAUAGUUAUAAUAUCAAUACGAUAGGAUAUAAAAUCAGGAAUAAAAACUAAGCUAUGCCAGGAGUUUCUCAAUAAUUUAUCUCCAUUACUGAUACACUGCAGUGUGAAGGCUUUGGAAAUGGAGGCUAGUGGAAGGUAGGGGCAGGGGACUAACUAAAGUAUAGGUCCAUGCAAACUAUUGAGCUGCAGAUAUUGGUUGAUUUUAUCCCAUUAAUUGGAAGUAACUGGAUUGGAAGUCUCCUGGCAGUUCUUUCAUAUAUAUAUUUAGAAACUGGGCAAUAAAAAUCAAACUAAUUCUGCAAAUAUGCCGUAUAUUUACCCCUCGAUCAACUUAAUUGAAACAAUUCUGAGUGACUAUGGCAUCAUUAAAUCUUUCGGGUGAGUUACUGAGUUGGAGAAAGGACAGGACUCGUAGUAAACAAAUUUGCACUGAAAGUGAUUUCCAUUUAAGAAGCAGCUCAUGGCAAACUAUAUUCUCCCAUCGGAAUAAGGCAUCUUACCCAGAGAAAUGAGUGGAGGAUAAUUGCAUAGACAUUAUGUGCAUGACAUUGAUCUCAGUCACUAAACAGUAAUGAAGGACCACAAGCUUCAUUGAGUGGGAAUUAUGCAGUUGUUAUCUCUGUUUAAAUAGUGUUAGCACCCGACGCAGCUGUACUGGUCAUCUGCCCACAAUCUCAUUGAGGGAUUUGGCCACAUUUUCUGCAAUGCAAAAUGACACAGUUAACAGCCGUGUGCAAAACAAUGUCCUGAGGAUUUGAAGGGUGUAAUACAAAUGCAAGGUCUUCUACAACAAAAACGCUCGCUAUUUCUCUCAACCUUUUUAGUGCAGUGCGUAUGAUUAAUUAAUCACUGCAUUAAUUUAAAAUGGGUCCAAGGGAAAUUAACAGAGCCUAAUCGCCAUUGAAGAUUAUAUAUUCCUUGCCAAAUCAAUAUUACUGACAUUCAGCAAUGUGAGUGUAAUGGAUAUUUUAAUCAAUGUCAAAAUUGGUUCUGAGAACCAAUAAGUAACAUUAACUUUGGUGACUGAAGCAAACAUGGGGACAUGGCCCAUCAUUCGAUAUUUACAUUUUGUCUCAGUCCUGCUAAAACUGAGAUCUAUUCACAGGGCUUGAAUGCAAUAUUUCUCAUAAGUGGUAACGUUUUAUGUGUUCUCUUCUGCAAUUAAAAUUGCUACCAGCAGUAAAUGUAUUUUUCCAAUCACUAAACUCACUCAAGCAAACUAAGUCAAGUCAUUUGAAACAAAUGGAACACUUUGACUUAGCCUGUGAAUUUCACCAACCAGAGCCUUUCUAAUGAAUGCAGAACUUGCCCGUAAAAAUUGAAAAAUGUGUAAGUAUUUUGUUAAUUGCUGGGUUGAGUCAAGACCUUUGAUCGAGGCCGCCCGCUGAUAAUCUCAUUCCUGGUGACAGUGUGAACUCACAGUUUAAUGAGUUUGUUUUGGGGUUGGGAUAAGGUGGGGGGGUGAGCUGGGUGUGCCAGUGGUUAGGGGAAGAAAAUUCUGUUUUAAUUUGAUGGCAUCACACAGACGCAGCCUGUAAUAAAGCUGGUCAAGUGUAUGUUAUAUACUGCUUCGGGGGCAGUGGUCUUUUGUCAUAGCUGGCUUAGCAUAUGUGACACUUCUCACUCUGAAUCAUUAAGGGCUUGGAAAAGAGACCCGUAGAAGCACAAUGUGAAAUAUCAAGAUGGUCUAGAUGUGAAGUUUAUCUUUACACUUUAGUUUUAUUAAGUAUUGCCUUAACCUCCUCCGUACAGCCAGUUAAAGAUUGAUUCAGCCAAACAUGUUUUUCAAAGUUUGUUAUCCAGUUGUGUAAUGACUUCAGCAUCCACCAAACUCUUCAACUAUAAAGUUAUUUUUUUGUUGGUUCUUAGAAUGAGAUUUAUUUGUAUUAUCAUUGUAGAACUGCACUGCGUCAAAAUCUGGAGAAGGAAGGCUAAAUGUGGCACAUCAGAGUCAAAACUGUAUGUUAAUCUGAAAGUUUGCCUCUUUAUUUUAAUUCCACUUAAUGAUCUGAAAAGACUUGAAAAGUAAUCGAAUACUUGUAUAUUUUCAACGCUGAGGUCUGGCUUCAUUGCUAAGGCUCCUGUAUAAACAGUUUGGAACUGUUCUCUAUUAUCUUGUGAUUCCCUCAUCACAGUGAUGAUCACUGAAGAUUUACUAGUCUCCGAAAUAACCAGUCGGGAACACCUGAUUCUCCUGAGACUGGUUGGAUUUCCAAAGCUGCUUUAUUUUCAUUCUGUACGCUGUAGCAGUAUUUGUUAUGUACAAAGAGAUUUUCAGUUUCCAAAUACAAUGUAACAGGGAAGGAGGCACAAUGUUGGCGAGUACAGACUCUGUUCUUUCACCCCUCCAAACAAUACUACAAAUGCUCUUAAGUUAAACAAUUUACAAUUGUUUUGAUGGCUCCCCUCAGCAUCGGAAUUGGAGAUUUGAUUGCAAGCAUAAUAUCAGCGUACAUGAAUGUUUUAAAAAUAUGCCACCAACUUCUUGUGCAUGGAUUUGCAUGGACACCAGUAAUAUCCUUAUUGUAAACUUGUGUCAGAUUU